UUAGCCGUGAUCAUUUCCAAUGUGGCUGCGUUCGGUAGCUGCGGCGCCGACCCUUAAAUUUCAUUGCUUUCCCGGCGUCAUCGCAAAACCUACCUCCAGCAAGAGCGUCGCCGGCCUUCCUCUCUCAAGAAACCAUCUCGCUCUCAUCACAUCGAAGCAAGAAAUGACCGCAGAGUACGAGGAGGCGUUGAUUUGCUUGUCCUCCCUCAUCACACGCCGCACCCGAGCCGAUAGGUCCAAUAAGGGCGACAGCUUCGAUCUGUUGUUCGAAUACCUCAAGAUUUUGGAUCUGGAAGCUGCAAUUUCUCCUCUCAAUGUCAUCCAUGUCGCUGGCACUAAAGGAAAGGGAUCAACCUGUACGUUCACGGAAUCUAUUAUCCGCUCUUGUGGAUUCCGAACUGGUCUCUUCACAUCUCCUCACCUGAUCGAUGUCCGGGAGCGGUUCCGUCUUGAUGGGGUAGAAGUUUCUGAAAAGAUGUUCUUGGAGCACUUCUGGUGGUGUUGGAACAGAUUGCAGGAUAAAACUUGUGAUGAUUUACCAAUGCCGAAUUAUUUCAGAUUCCUUGCCCUCCUUGCAUUCAGGAUGUUCUCAGCAGAGCGAGUGGAUGCUGCUAUUAUGGAAGUUGGUUUAGGAGGAAAGUUUGAUGCAACCAAUGUGGUGCAGGAGCCAAUUGUUUGUGGAAUAUCAUCAUUGGGUUAUGACCAUAUGGAAAUUCUUGGUUAUACACUUGAAGAAAUUGCUGGAGAGAAAGCUGGAAUUUUCAAGAAAAAUGUACCUGCAUACGUCGCACCCCAGCCUGAAUCAGCAUUGCAUACACUAGAAGAAAAGGCUUCUCAAUUAGGUAUUCCUCUUCAUGUGGUUUCUCCAUUAGAUCCUGGAUUACUGAAAGGUCAACAUCUUGGGCUUGCUGGUGAACACCAAUUCAUAAAUGCUGGUCUUGCUGUAGCCUUGUCCACCUUUUGGCUUACAAAAACUGGAAACUUGAAAAACAUUCAAAGAAAUGAAAAUACUCUACCUGAGCAAUUUAUCAGAGGCUUAUCAAGUGCUAAUUUGGAGGGAAGAGCACAGAUAAUUCCUGAUCGAGUUAUGCAACAGCAGAACUCCAACAAUAGAUGCCUCACUUUCUACCUUGAUGGAGCCCAUAGCCCAGAAAGCCUAGAGGUGUGUGCAAAAUGGUUUUCCACCGCUUUACGGGAGGAUAGUCACCAUUUUGAGGAACAUCCUCAUGGGAAAAGCCCUGAUGGACAGGGAGGUUAUCCUGAUUCUGAUAAGGUCGAUUGCCUACAGAUACUACUGUUCAAUUGCAUGUCAGUUAGAGAUCCUCAAGUUCUGCUUCCACAUCUAUUAAAUACUUGUCUCAAGAACGGUGUCAAAUUCCACAAGGCUAUUUUUGUACCAAACCAGUCGGUGUUUAACAAGGUUAGUUCUCAUGCUUCACCACCAACUGAUUCUGAGCAGGUUGACUUGUCAUGGCAGCUGACACUACAGAGAGUGUGGGACAAUCUGUGUCAUGCAGAAGGUUCUAGCAGCCUAGUAUUUCCUUCUCUCCCACUUGCUAUCAAGUGGCUCAGGGAAAGUGCUCAACAAGGCAGAUCAAUUCGAUUUCAGGUUCUGGUAACAGGUUCGCUGCACCUUGUGGGCGAUGUGCUGAGAUUAAUCAAGAAGUGACUCUACUCUAUUGCUUUAGUCCAUUAGCUGAACCAGCUGUUUGGAUUUUCCUAGUCUUUACACUUAUACUUGUCUGAAGAAGCAUUCAGGAUUUCGUAAGCCAUCGUCCCGAGAAAUUUUAUUUGAUUAUUGAAUGUUUGUUGUAAAGGACCUCUUCAAGUUUCAAAUUAAGAAGAGGACUUAAACAUGAGUGCAAUUGCCAUUUUAAAUAGAAUCAAAAUCUCUCCAAGUUUAUACAUCUUUUUUUUUGUGUGUGUAAGAUGGUGGUACGAUUGUAUAAGGUUGAGACAGUCGACAAUAGUGAUUGUGGCUUUUGAUUA